AUGGAGGCGCUUCUCUUUGCUAGGCAUGUUUUCGGGAUUCAGGCCUUUGAUCCUUUGGCGAUCAGCAGACGUUGCUGGGGCGCUGGUGCGGCUCGAUUGGCUAAAGCCAUAAGCAAAGCUGCUGGGUUGAGGGUCUCUGAUCUGGAAGCCUUGCAUCGGAUCUUGGAUUCAAGCUCAAAUCCUUGGGAUCGCCUGUUCGCAGGAUGCGCUUUGUUCUGCGUGUAUGCAAGGUGCAGGUGGAGCGACGCACAGCAUGUGGAUUCCUUCAAGCUUGAUCAGGGGCCAGACAGCACAAGGAUUGAAUACAUCGAGGCACUGGUCGACGUUCAUAAGAACAUGAACCGCAGAGGAAAGAGCCCUGUCCUCCUUGAGCUUGUUGCUCCGGGCCUAGGGGUUUGCUCCGAAGGCUGGAUUGAGAAGUUUCUUGAUGCCCGGUCAGCUCUGCAGCUGACUUCAGAUCAUGCUUUCAUGCCGGCGCCAGAUAUUACAGGUCACAGUCACCCAGGUCGGAUGAGUGACGAGUAUGCCGAUGAUGCCAUGGCAAGGGCAGGACGCUUUGUGGGUGGCGAUCCAACAGCUGAUCUUGCAGAUCUUCCUGAAGAUGCAGGGCAAGAUGCGAGUGAUGAGGAGGUUGCCUCGGCAGCCCCGGGCGGCCCCGCAGCCAGAUCGCCAAGCGUUGCCGAGGAAGGAGGCCUCGCUCGUCGUGCCAUGGCGCUGGUAGAUUCCAAGGCCUCCUUCAAGACCCGAUGCGUGGACAUGUGUGGGAACGACACACUGUACCAGAGACUCGCUGGAAAGGACAUCCGCACGUUCUCAGACCUGGCUUUCGCUUGCGGCACACCACAGUCCCCGCCUAGUCAGGAUGAUUUCCGCAACUUUUCAGACGAGAUCUUGGGUGUAGGAGCCAGCCUGGGGGAUACAGCAAAGCUCACCCGCUUGCACUUUGAAGCUUCCACCUACGUGAUCGCCCAGUUGAAGCAGCAGGUCGUGGGAGACACCACGGAUGAGCCAAAGAGACUCCCUCUAGCGGAGAAGGAGGCUCGAUACAGAGAUUUGAAGCUUCGCUUGCCGGGGCUGAUAAUACAGGGUGAACUGUUGCCCUCGCACGCUCUUGUGGAUGCGGUGGCGCAUAUGGCGGAGACAAACUGCCUCACAUGGUUAGCCCCAAGCAAAUGUACGAAGCGUGACCAGGAACUUCGGAUCGGUCCCAAGGAUAAAUCAAAGGUCCUCACCGUCCUCGACAACUCGGUGACCGUCACUGCCCAGCCGGAGAAGAUCGUGGCGGACCAUAGCACGCCUCUUCAACUUCAGUGGUGUCUUCAGAGGCGUGGGUUAGCGUUCGACAUGAAUCGCAUCAUCUCCUGGGAGACCCACGAGAAAUGGGUCAGUCAUCUCCUUCAAUGCUUGACGGCAGACACA